AUGUAUAUCUCUGGCCUCGCUACUAUGUCCUGCAUCUCCUUUCUCUUUGUUGUAUCCCUCCCCUUUUUCCUCCUGCACCCUCCUCCGGCCGCCGCCGCGGCCGUCGCCAUCAACUUCUUCGGCAAAUUCUGCGGCAGCACCGGAAACUACACUGCGAACAGCACCUACCAAUCCAACCUCGACACCCUCUUCUCCUUCCUCGCCUCCAACGCCUCCGCGUCCCCCUCCGGCUUCACCGCCACCACCCUCGGCCGCGUCCCCGACGCGGUCUCGGGCCUCGCCCUCUGCCGCGGCGAUGUCAACGCCACCACAUGCCGCUCCUGCCUCGGCCUCGCAGCGCAGGACGGCCCCGAACUCUGCCCUGACACGAAGGGCGCCACACUUUGGUAUGAUCCCUGCCUGGUGGAAUACUCCAACCAGAACUUUCUGUCCUCGACCAGCAACUCGCCGCAGUUGAUCGGGAUGAGCAGUCAGAACAUAACGGGGGCUGGCACCGGCCAAUUCGACAGGCUAGUCAGCACCCUCAUGAACGCCGUAGCCGACCGGGCGGCGAACGACACGCAGAGGAGGUUCGCGACGGGCGAGGUCACGAACUUCACGGAGGCGUUCCCGACGAUAUACGGGCUGGCGCAGUGCACGCCGGACCUGUCGGCGUCCGACUGUCGGCAGUGCCUCGGCGGUCUGAUCGGCGAGAUGCCGCAGUACUUCGCGGGGAGGCAGGGGGGGAGGAUCCUCGGCGUGCGGUGCAAUUUGAGGUACGAGGUGUAUUCCUUCUACGACGGAGCGCCGUCGCUGACGCUUUCGUCUGCGGCGGCGACCACACAAGGAAAGAAGAAGAAUGUAACCAGUACAGUUUUAGCAGUAACCAUACCUCUAGUGACUGCAUUUGUUAUAAUUUCCACCAUUUGCAUUUGCUUUUGGAGGAGGAGAAGAUCUGCCCCAAAAGGACCACUAUACUACGACGGCGAUGCUGAGGAGAUCAAAAGUGCUGAGUCACUGCUUAUUGAUCUGGCAACAUUAAGAGCUGCAACGGCUAACUUUGCUGGAGAGAAUAAGCUUGGAGAAGGCGGCUUUGGCGCCGUUUAUAAGGGACUCUUGCCUGAUGGACGAGAAAUAGCAGUAAAGAGACUAUCAAAAGAUUCAGGACAAGGGCUAGGAGAGCUUAAAAAUGAGUUAUUUUUGGUCGCAAAGCUCCAGCACAAGAACCUUGUGAGGCUUUUAGGUGUCUGCUUGGAAGAACAGGAGAAGCUGCUUGUCUAUGAAUAUGUGCCUAACAGAAGUCUAGACACUAUCCUUUUUGAUUCUGAGAAACGAGGAUGGCUAGAUUGGGGGAGAAGGUACAAGAUUAUUAAUGGAAUUGCUCGAGGCCUACUAUACCUACAUGAAGAUUCUCAGCUAAAAGUUGUACACCGAGAUCUAAAGGCGAGCAACAUUCUAUUAGAUGCCGAGAUGAACCCAAAGAUUUCAGACUUCGGCUUGGCAAGGCUUUUUGGAGGGGACCACUCUCAGGAAAUUACGAGACGAGUCGUUGGCACAUUUGGAUAUAUGGCGCCAGAGUACGCCAUGCAUGGGUACUUCUCAAACAAGUCAGAUGUAUUCAGUUUUGGUGUUAUGGUUUUGGAGAUUGUAACCGGGAGGAAAAACGCUGGUUCCUUCAAUUCUGAGCAGUCUGAAGAUCUAAUAAACUAUACAUGGGAGAAUUGGACCAAAGGGACAAUAACAGAGAUAGUGGACUCAUCCUUAGACAACCGCUAUCCAAGAAGCGAGGUGCUGAGAUGCAUCCAUAUUGGGUUACUCUGUGUUCAAGAAAACCCAGCAGAUCGACCCAACAUGUCGAGGGUCGUCGUGAUGUUGAGCAGUAGCACUGUGACCCUCGAAACUCCUUCGAAACCAGCAUUUUGCAUUGGAAUGAGUAGCAUGCAAUUCAACAUGUACUCGAAUGCAUCAAAGUAUCAUGGACUAGUAGCUGAACAAUCCUCGAGCAAGUCGAUUCCACCUUCGCCAAAUGAGGUGUCAAUCACAGAACUGGAGCCUAGGUAGUUGGAGAAAGAGAGAAGAUUCUGAAAGACUUGAAAAAGGUCUCGAAGACAAAAUGUUGGUGGAUUUAUCACUUCUAGCGCUUGAAAUAUCGUAUGAAGCAUUGGAACUGUAUUUGUAUCUUAUUGUAUGUGUUUAAAUGUCCUUCGCAGCAGCGAUGAAUAUCUACGUUUCCCUGCAAGUCGAGGCCCGUGUUUUGCACAGGAAGGAGCAGCACAAGCUCGAACGCUUACUCGAAAGCGUCUAGUUAUUAUUAUGGUGUUAACGUGUGAUCAAUUCGAAGAGAAAUUUAGUCACCAGAGGCCAGUUAUCAUAACCCGCAAAGUGGUCUAAGGAUUGGGCAAUAGUAAACUUUGGUGUUUUGCAGUGCACGUCUAAAUCCUUUGAAUUUUCAUUUUUAUGUUGUGAGAUAAUUACGCAAGAAAAUUAAUACUAUACAAACUGACUAUUUCUGUCG